GUCAAAUAUCUCCGAGUGGUUGUGAGUGGUGCUUUUUUAUGUUUUAUGUUAGACCAAUAUCGGCGGGAUUCCUUCACAGUAACAUGAUCCACUAUCGACCCAGUGUUACUUGUCAGUAGUGGCGUUCGUGAGGAAGUGGGGGAGCACUUCACCGAGGUCUUUCCCAUGGUACGGAGUACACUACUAGUUGAUCGCAUUACGAGAACCCUUCCUUCAAACUCGGCACCCAAGUACACCUAAUACAUCGUCGUGUUCCUCCUCGUCCUCCUUCUCUUCUCCUUUGAUGUUGCUUCGUUGGGACGGACAAUGUGUUCCGUAUCAUGGCAGCCUGUACGAUUGAACCUUCUUCCUUUAUCCCUUGACGGCCAUUGUACAGUCCUUCCGUCAUCUGCAGCGUACUCUAUUCACUCUAGCCUUUCGAUGACUCGUUGAGGAUCACAUAGAGAUCCCACUGCACCAUUCUCAAUCGCAUCCCCGAUUUCGAGAUAAUCGCCAAUUGGGCUACUGCUGUAGACUGUCUCGAUCAUUUCCAUCCCAUAAUCCAGAUGCAAAUCUGACUAUGAACGCCACCCGAGGCCUCAGAUAAACGAUAAGGAAUAAGGUUGGGAAGGCUUGUGAAGGAGAAAAAAUAAUGGGAGAUCCGACAGAGGGAGGGGACCAAGUCCCCGGGGGAAACAAUCGCCAUACGUAUACUUCGUCUAGAGAUUCAGAAACGGCAUCGAAAGAAAAUGACCUUCCUAAUGCUUUGCGACAGCAGCCAUCCACUGCAGCUAGCAACCACCUUUCGCUCUCCAAGGUAGAACCAGUGGACAUACACGUACGGAAUUUAGCAGUCGAUGUGGACAUUUCAACGUUCGGUUCCCCGCUGGCGAAGUUAGGAUUGGGAAGGCGGAAACAGAAUCAUGAUGGCGAGGCACCGGCGGAAAGGAAGAAGAUUUUACACUCGGUUUCAGCCUCCAUGACAGCAGGGACUUUGACCGCAAUAAUUGGUGGGAGUGGGUCCGGAAAAACUACAAUGCUGAAUACAAUGGCUGAGCGCAUGACUAGUGGUCGCAUGGCAAUCCAUGGGACGACUACUUUCAAUGGUGUUCAGGGAGUAAGGAGUGUACGGGCAGCAUAUGUGAUGCAACAGGAUGUCUUAUUACCAACUCUCACUGUUCGAGAAACCCUUCAAUAUUCUGCUGAUCUACGGUUACCACCGCCCACAACACAAGAAGAACGUCGUAAGGUGGUGGAAGAAGUCAUUCUUGAACUAGGUCUAAAAGAGUGUGCAGACACCAGGAUUGGAAAUCACCAGCACAAAGGCUGUUCCGGUGGUGAGAAGAGACGCACGAGUAUCGGCGUACAGCUUUUAAGUAAUCCUAGUGUUCUGUUUUUGGAUGAACCGACGACUGGCUUGGAUGCCACGAGCGCAUUUCAACUUGUUAGGACUUUGAAGCAUCUGGCUGGAAGAGGAAGGACUAUUGUGACCACGAUACAUCAACCAAGAUCUGAGAUAUGGGGCAUGUUCGAUGGAUUGGUACUUCUCGCCAGAGGAAGCCCUGUCUAUUGCGGAAAAGCCUCUGAUUGUUUACCUUGGUUCAAACAGCUCGAUAUGGAGUUGCCGGAGUUUGUCAAUCCCGCUGAAUUCUUAAUUGAUAUUGCAGCUGUGGAUAAUCGGACCCCUGAGCUUGAAGCAUCCUCAACACAGAGGGUCGAGAGACUGAAGAGGGCCUGGCAACUGGAAAGUGAAAAUAAUCAUAGUACGCCGGAAAAAGGACAAACCUCCAUACAACCCUUACCCAAUCACAUCAGAAGCACGUCCAAAGCGCCAUCACAUUCACCAUUCCUAAGACAGACCAGAGUUUUAACUUCUCGCACCUUUCUGGUAACAUGGAGAGAUCCUCUCGGCAUGACUGGGUCGUUACUGGAAGCAAUCGGCAUGGGCCUCAUCACAGGAUGGGUUUUCUAUAACCUGCCUAGGGAUUUGAGUGGGAUUAGAAGCAGAGAAGGCGCCCUCUACAAUGCUGUAGGACUUCAGGGGUAUCUCAUUCUCAUGUUCGAGACUUACAGGUUAACAGUUGACAUACCUCUUUUUGAUCGGGAACACAACGAGAACGUCGUGGAUGUCAUCCCUUUCAUGUUGAGCAGACGACUAGCGAGGUUAUUCACCGAAGAUCUACCUGUACCUGUACUUUACUCCAUCAUCUUUUACUACAUGGCCGGGUUUAGAACUGAGACCUCGACGUUUCUGACAUUCUUUUCUGUCGUUCUUCUGUGCCAAUUCAUUGCUGUCACUUAUGCAAUGGCUUGUGUCGCGGCGUCACGAAACUUUGCUGGCGCUUCCCUGAUCGCUAAUAUGGGCUACACGAUACAAUCUAUGGCUUGUGGUUUCUUUGUGCAAGCGAAUUCUAUACCGGUGUAUGUGAGGUGGUUCAAAUGGACUGCCUAUGUUUUCUACGCUUUUGGGGCUUUGGUGGCCAAUGAAUUUGUUGGCCAGUUCUACGACUGUCCACUCCCUGGUGGAGAAAACAACCCAGCUUGUGCCCAAUACACCGGUGCUUUUAUCUUGGACUCCCUGGCAUUCCCACGUAACUGGGUCGUUAGGCCGAUCAUCAUUCUGCUCGCUUUCGUCAUCAUGUUCUAUACCACCGCUUGGAUCGGUCUUCGAUUCUUGAAAGUGGAAAUGAGUAUUGCGAAAGCUCGCCAUACUGAGGAGGAUUUGUCUGCAGGAAAAGAGAAAAUGACCAUCAGAUCUGCGGAGGAGACUAGAACAGUCGAUAUCGGUCUCGAUAAGUUUGGCUUGGCAGUCGAUAAGCGAAGUAUUCUGGGUCGAAAACUUCCGACAAAGACUAUACUUCACCCCAUCACUGCUCAAUUUCAAUCAGGCACUCUGAAUGUUAUCAUGGGACCUUCUGGUUCUGGAAAGAGCAGUCUUUUGAACUCCAUGGCACUCCGGCUCCACAAUAACAUCAAUACUCAUUACCGCCACUCUGGCGAUAUGACCUUCAACUCAGCCAUACCGUCUGAUUCCGUUGUCAGGUCUGUAUGCUCUUACGUGUGUCAAGAUGACGAUGCAUUACUUCCGUCUCUUACAGUUCGUGAAACUCUGCGGUUUUCAGCAGGACUCCGACUGCCUUCUUUUAUGACGAAAGAGCAAAAGGAUCGACGUGCAGAGGAAGUUCUCAUGAAGUUGGGUCUCAAGGAUUGCGCGGAUAAUUUAAUUGGAUCUGAUAUGAUCAAAGGAAUCUCUGGAGGCGAGAAGCGACGUGUCUCAAUCGCUGUACAAAUUCUGACUGAUCCGCGUGUACUUCUACUUGAUGAGCCGACGAGUGGAUUGGAUGCGUUCACAGCUUCUUCAAUCAUGGAUGUACUGGGAGGUCUUGCAAACGAAGGCCGUACGCUUAUUCUCACGAUUCAUCAAGCCCGCUCAGAUUUAUUCCAGCAAUUUGGCAAUGUGCUUCUUCUCGCGAGAGGUGGAUCCGUUGUCUAUUCUGGAGAAGCUAGUAAAAUGCUACCUCAUUUCGCGACUCAAGGUUAUGUUUGCCCAACCACCACUAAUCCCGCAGACUUUGCUCUGGAUUUAAUUACCGUCGAUUUACAGCAUUCCUUACGCGAAGAAGCCAGCCGAUUGAAAGUUCAAGAUCUUAUCUCUACCUGGACGAAUGGAAAGUUUCAUACCGCCGUUCAGCCAGCUACCAUUUCCACACCAGUGGAACUCGGUGCGCUUAUCAGAAAGCCUUCAUCCCUUUUCUCCGCAUAUCCAAUUCUUGUGCAUCGCGCUUCAAUCAAUUUCAGGAGACAACCCCCCCUUCUGGUCGCCAGAACUAUGCAAGUUCUUGGUCUUGCUAUCAUUCUUACGCUCUUCUUUGCUCCACUGAAGAAUGACUAUGCCUCCGUACAAACACGAAUAGGUUUCAUCCAGGAAUUCUGCGCCUUCUAUUUUGUUGGCAUGCUUCAAAAUGUUGCCGUUUAUCCAAUCGAGAAGGAUGUCUUCUACCGAGAAAACGACGACGGAACAUAUGGAGUCGAAGCCUUCUUCCUCCAAUAUCUAACACUAGAAGUACCCUUUGAAAUAGGAUCUUCACUCAUCUUCGCUGUGCUUGUCUGUCUAGCAGCCGGCCUUCCGCGCACAGUACAAAUGUUCUUCGUCUGCUUCUUCAACUGCUUCUGCAUCGUCUCCUGUGGCGAGAGUCUCGGCAUAAUGGUAAUUCUUAUCCCUUUCCCGAUUCUCGCUUAAUCCAACUCCUUAACAUCAUAUUGCACCCCCAAGAAACCAUCAACUAACCCCUUCCCAAAAACAGUUCAACACAAUUUUCGCCCACACCGGCUUCGCCAUCAACAUAACCUCCCUCUUCCUCUCCAUCGCCCAAGUCAUGUCGGGCGUGCUCUCCAUCUCCAUGCCCCGCUUCCUCUACGACAUGAACUACCUCUCCCCGCUCGGCUACGCGAUCCGCAACCUCGCCCCGUACUCCCUGCGCGACAUCCAUUUCUCGUGUUCUGAACUGCAGAGACUGCCCGAUGGACGGUGUGCGAUCGAGAAUGGAGGACAGGUUCUGGAGUUGUAUCGCUUGGAUACAAAUCCCGGGUUAAAUGUCCUCUAUUUGGGCGUUUGUACGGUUGUUUAUCGGGUGUUGGCGUAUGUGCUGUUGAAGGUUGCUAGGGGAAGUUGGGGGGAGGGGAGGAGGAAGGGGUAGAGAGUGGUGAUGAUGAGGGAGUUUGGUUGGGCUGGAGUUGGGCCGGGUGAGGGAAAGGUAAUGUAUAUAUUGAUGAAAGCGACGCUUUGAAUGGUGGUGGUAUUGUUUGUGAAAGCUGGCUUUUAUUGCAUAGCGAAGGAUCACUCGGAUUUUUGGUAUUCGACUUUGGGGAGUCGAAAGUUUAUCGGGUUACGAUUGAGAAAGGAGCUAAGAUUAUUGCUCUAAUUACAUACAUCACACCUUUUCCACCUUUUGCUUUAUGGGUUUACCUAUAACCUUCCAGUAGACUGUUAUAAAUGGGUCUUGUGUUAUAUACGAUACACAGUUCAUAGUUAUGAGAAGAAAUCAAUGGGAC